AUGGCACGUCAAAAAUUCGAGCGAAAAAAACCACAUGUAAAUAUUGGAACAAUUGGUCACGUUGAUCAUGGUAAAACAACGUUAACAGCAGCUAUUACAAUGGCAUUAGCUGCAUUAAAUGGUGAAGGUGGUAAAAACUAUGAAGAUAUUGAUUCUGCACCUGAAGAAAAAGCACGUGGUAUUACGAUUAAUACAGCACACGUAGAAUAUGAAACAGAAACACGUCAUUAUGCACAUGUAGAUUGUCCAGGUCACGCAGAUUACGUAAAAAAUAUGAUUACUGGUGCGGCACAAAUGGAUGGUGCGAUCUUAGUUGUUUCAGGAGCUGAUGGUCCUAUGCCACAGACAAAUGAACAUAUUCUAUUAGCAAAACAAGUAGGAGUUCCAAACAUUGUUGUUUUUCUAAAUAAAGAAGAUCAAGUUGAUGAUCCUGAAUUAUUAGAAUUAGUUGAACUAGAAAUUCGUGAGACAUUAGAUCAAUACGAAUUCCCAGGUGAUGAAAUUCCAGUUGUUGCUGGAUCCGCUUUAUUAGCACUAGAAGCAUUAGUUCAAACUCCUACAUUAAAACCAGGUGAUAAUGAGUGGGUUGACAAAAUUUAUAACUUAAUGUCACAAGUGGAUGAAUACAUUCCAACACCAGAACGUGCUGUAGAUAAACCAUUCUUAAUGGCAGUAGAAGACGUUUUUUCUAUUACAGGACGUGGUACAGUAGCUACUGGACGAGUAGAACGUGGAACAAUUAAAAUCGGUGAUACUAUUGAAAUUGUAGGUUUAAAAGACACAAAAACAACAACAGUUACAGGAUUAGAAAUGUUCCAAAAAACAUUAACGGAAAGUUUUGCUGGAGAAAAUGUAGGUGUUCUUCUUCGUGGUGUUCAAAAAGCAGAAAUUGAACGUGGUAUGGUUCUAGCACAACCUGGAAAUAUUACACCACAUACGAAAUUUGAAUCUGAAAUCUAUGUUUUAACUAAAGAAGAAGGUGGUCGUCAUACUCCAUUCUUCCCUGGUUACCGUCCACAAUUCUAUAUGCGUACAACAGAUGUUACUGGGAAAAUUGAAGCAUUCACAUCUGAUGAUGGUAAAGAAGCGCAAAUGGUUAUGCCUGGUGACCGAAUUAAAAUGUCGGUUGAAUUAAUUCAACCAAUUGCAAUUGAAAAUCAAAUGCGAUUCGCUAUUCGUGAAGGUGGCCGAACUGUAGGUGCUGGAUCUGUAACAGCUAUUAUUGAAUAA